UUCGGCGCAUUUAACAUUCGAUGAUUGAAAAUCAAUAUCAUCCCGCCCCGCUCACCAUUUAGACAAAUACUCCAUUAAAAGUGGGUCCCUACGGGCCACAUCCCAUGAGAAAAUUGUGCAUCACUACCUCCAGUAUAAUCCCCAACUCAAUACUUUAGUACCCUAAUAAAAAAAAGCCCUAUUAAUGACUCCAUUUCAAAAAAAAAAAAACUUAAAUAACUUUGACGCAUUUUUUUUACAAGAAAUAAUUUAUUGACGUGUUAUGUAUGACCCACUCUAUUCGACGUGGCGUCUAUGUCUCGCACCGGUGUGUAUAUAAAGCCCCUAAACCCAUAUGAAAGCUCAACAUUAACAGUUAUCAUCAAGUUGACGAGAAAAAUGGGAGAACCUCUGCUAAUUCAAGAACCAUACUCAAGGCAACACCGGAAUCCACUACUCGAUCAACGUCCCGAAGAGUCAUCAAUGGAGGAACCCCUCGACUUCUCAGCUCUCCGCCUCGAGAGCUCGCCACCAACCAUCCCCCACCAACCCUGCGCUAACUGCGGCUUCUCCGGUUCCGGCUCCGGCUCCGGCUCUGGCUGCACCACAGACCACUCCAAUUCUGGCUCCGGUACCCUCAAACGACCCUUGCCUCCUUCCACAUCCUCCUCCACCUCUCUUCUUUGUCCUAGUUAUAAUGAUCCCCAACCCAAACCCAAGAAGCUGUUUCUUGACCAGAACGACGCCUCACCCUCAGCCGCCGACCACCCACCUCUAUUGUUGCCGGAGGAUCUCUCCGCUCCGAACCCUUUUCUCCUUCGUCGCUGCGUUUCCGAUCCCUACCACGCUCCACCGGCACCGGUGCCAGCCGAUUCUUUUCGGGGUUCUGACUCUGGCAUUUUCUCGAACACUUACAGUUCUCCUCAGAAUGUGAUCAAGACCAAUCCCACCACCAACUCCCUCACGCCUUGCUCGGCCCCGCUGCCUCCUCGGCCGCCACCCAUUCUCCGCCGCUGCGUCUCGGAUCCCACUUCUUCUCCAUUCAAGUCCUUUUCACGUACAUCGAGCUCCAGCGACUUGGAAAAGACGCCCAAACCAAAGAAGCUGGGAAAAAUGUGGGAUUGUUGGAAAGAGAUGAACUCGAAGAUGGAAGAAUUCAUGAGCGAAGAACUAGAGGAACAACAAGCAGAAGAAAACGACAAUGUUACGUAUCAGAAAAACGACAAUAUCAUCAUCAAGAACGACGUCGUUGCGAAUGAUGAAGAUGAUUCUGAGAUUGUAUUUGAAGAAUCAUUGAGUGUGGAGAGAAAAGGGGAAAGCUUGACUGUUCGCUUCAACUGUCAAUGUGGAAGAGCUUACGAGUUUCUUCUUCCUGGAGGCAACUGUUACUACAAGCUCUUGUAAACAACAAUAUACCCAUUUUUCUCUUUACAAUUUUUUCACUUUAUUUUUUUUUUCCUAAAAAAAAUUCAGAAGACAUAUAUACCCUAUAUAGUUUGUUACAUUUCUUAUUCUUUGUAAAACAAAUAUAAAUAAGGAAAAAAAAAACUUUUAAGAAAAUUUGAGCACAUUAA